AAAAGUACAACACUCAGUUUCCAAACCCUUCCCCCAAAUCUGAAAUCCCUUCUGCCUUUAACCUUCUUCUCCCCUCGAUCGAUUCCAUAAAUUUGCUAUCUAUCGAUUCCGUGACGGAUAUAUCUUUCCCAGGGUUUUUCUUCUCGUCUUUUUUUCAAUCUCUUUGCUAAUCGAUUUGUAGAGAUUCGUUUAUUCCGUAUAUAUAUAUUUAUAAAUUGGUAUCAUACAAUCCCAUUAAUUCGAUAUUUUUGGAGAGCGGAAGUGAGAGGAAAAUGUCGAAGAAGAAGGCAACGAUGACGCUGAAGGAUUUUCACGGCGGCUCGAUUCCUUCCGAUCUCCCUCUUCCCUCUGCACCCGGCGUGACUGCAAGGCCCGUUGAUCGUGGUGGAUUUGAUCGGCAGAUGUCAUGGGGUAACUCGGCAGGAAGGCCUGAACAUCGGUUGCGGCCAGCAUCUGCUGGCUCAGCUAGGGCCCUUGAUGAAAAAUCCCCAUUUCUAAGUCAUAGUUCCCAUAUAGGUCGUAAUUUUGAUGAGGAUGAGCGCAAGCCUUUGGAUGGUGGUUCAGGCCCUCGCAGAACAGUUGCUGACGAAAGCUUUCGUGCUCAACCUAGUGUUAUAUCUGGUGCUAGAGUUGGUAGUAGUCCUUCAAUUCCUGUGUCUCAGCUAUCAGCUGGCUCCACUGGUGGCUCUUAUGCAGGGAGGGUUGUUGAAGUGCAUAAUUCGAAGUUCAACAAUCAAACUUUAAGUGGCAGUCGCAGUUAUGGGUCAAGUUAUCCAGUUGUUGGCGGCAAUGCUGGGCAAUCAGUGGCUGGAUCACAUCCAAAUGCCUGGGGGAUAAGGAAGGAGGCUUCUAGCAUGAAAGAGCCUGCAGCUGCUGCAUGGUCAGCUCCAGAGGCCGAGACAAAGUUAGCCCAUGCCAGUGCACUCGAGAAGAUCUCAUCUGGUCGGUGGAGCUCAAACCAGCAAAUUAAUCCUCAAAAAGAUGCUGCAGCCUUUGGACAUCCCGAAACCGAUGGGAAGUUUGAGUAUAAUUCUAGUAAUUCACACAUUAGGAAAACCUACAAUAGGUUAGAUGUGGUUGCUGACUCAGACUAUCAAGAAGUUGGUUUGGUUGUGCAUGCCGAAAGAAGUCUAACAUUUCACGGUGGUGGAAGGGAGGUGCCGCAAGCUUAUGAUAGGGCAAAAUCUGCCAUACAUGUGGAUUCAUAUGAGAAAAGCACUCCUGCUACUGCUAAUGGUUUCCAGUCUAUUCAGUCAACAUUUUCUUCAGAAUCGUCUGAAAGACCUAAGCUCAAAUUACUUCCAAGAUCUAAACCAUUGGAAAAUAUAGAAUCUCCAAUUGAUCAAAAGCAGAGAUAUGAGCAGACUAGUGAUAAUCUCCACAUGGAGGACAACCAUGAAGUUAAAACCUCUAUUGUUGGUGAUCGAGCUCCAGAGCGUCCAAAACUGAAUUUGAAGCCACGAUCACAAUCCCAUGAGCAACUGGAAGGAAACAAAGAAGUCAAAAGAGGGACUGUCUUUGGGGAAGCUCGGCCUCGGGAAUUGGUUCUUAAGGCACGUGGCGUUGAAGAUGACUUAAACAACUACGAGGGUCAACCUGCAUUGAGGGUGAAGGAAAUUUCUCCAAAGGGUGAUGCGUUCAUGCAUGGAUCUUCUACACGCCACAGCGAAAAAUAUGAAGGUAUUCCUACCAAUCAAAGGGUGGCUAAAUACUCUAACAGGCGAGAAAACCAGCUGGAUGUUGAGAGAAGCGAUUCACAAAGGAGGAACAAGCAAAGCGAAAUUUGGAGAAAUAAUAAAGAUGCUGAGAAGAAUCGGAACCAGCAACCAAAACAGCCACAGGACAGGGCACCAUCUCCAGAGACUUGGCGAAAACCUAUUGAGCAUGGCAAGCCAGCACCAACUGACGCCCCCAUACGUUAUGGGAAAGCAGCAUCUGCAGUUGAGCUGGCCCAGGCCUUCUCAAAAUCAGUAUCAGAUCCAACUGCUGCUGAUCGAGCGUCUGCUCCUAGAGGCAUCCCUGGUCGCAACCAGAUGCCCUUUUCCAGACUUACGGGCCCAACACCAAGGCCUCAGAUCAAUGGUUACUAAAGUUGAGAUGAAGAAAUUGUGGGAGGAAGAAGGUCACAGGCCUGGAGCUAUGCAUUGUGCUGAGGCAAAUUUGGGUGAAUUAAUGAAAUCUGGAGGCACGCAACAUCUGGCCAGACGCUUGCGCUUAUAAGAAGAACAAAGGACGUGAACCACAUUGUUUUUAUGUUGUACCCAUCAUAGGGGAUUAAACUAGAUUGUUCAUGGAAUAAUUAUUAACUGAACAAUACCCUCAACCAACUUGUGUUGAUUGUCAUUCAGCAACUUUUGAAAUUCUGUGCUGGUUACUUUUUUUUUUCUUGA